ACGCCACGAAUCUUCUUUUGCUAAUUUUAUUUUUCCAUUUAUGCAAGAUGCUAGCUGUAGAAGAUUGUAAAGAGACCUAGAGGAGGCAGAGAGAGGGAGGGAAAUGGUGGGUUCAAGGCCAAGCGUUCCUUCAUGGAUAGGCGCAGCAGCCAGUAGAGUUGAUUUGGAUGGCAACGUGUCUUCAACUAUGUUUCCCAAAGACGAUGAUUCAAAGAAUUCCCGUAACAAAGAUACCGAUUUAGGUUUCAUUGAGAGGUCAUUUUCUGCAGCCGGUGCCGCGGUUCUCUCCGCCGUCAUAGUUAACCCUCUCGAUGUCGCCAAGACAAGACUGCAAGCACAGGCGGCUGGAGUUUCUUAUCAGGGUCUAUGUAUGGCAUGUUUCGAAACAGAUACUAUGCUUUCAGAUGUGAGGAGUACACCACAGAGUUCAUGUGCGGUUCCUGGCUCCGAAUGUAACCGGUAUAAGGGAACUCUGGAUGUCUUCCACAAAGUCAUACGCCAGGAGGGAUUUGCAAGACUUUGGAGAGGCACAACUGCAAGCUUAGCUUUGGCUGUGCCUACUGUGGGAAUAUACUUGCCGUGCUAUGACAUUUUUCGAAAUUCAAUGGAGGAUUUCACAACUCACAAUGCUCCAGCCUUGACCCCUUAUGUCCCCAUGGUUGCUGGCUCUUUUGCACGCUCACUUGCCUGCAUUAGUUGUUAUCCUGUUGAACUAGCAAGGACACGGAUGCAGGCAUUUAAAGAAACUAAAAAUGGUGUGAAGCCUCCUGGAGUGUUGAAGACGUUACACAGGGUCAUCAAUCCUCUGAGAAGCACAAGCAACAGUCAAAAUUUACAGAGUUACCGCAUCUUGUGGACUGGUUUGGGAGCACAACUAGCUCGAGAUGUUCCUUUCUCUGCCAUUUGCUGGUCAACUCUGGAGCCUAUCAGGAGAACAAUUCUUGCUGUAGUGGGUGAUGAACCUAGAGGAGCCAGCAUUCUAGGGGCAAAUUUUGCUGCUGGUUUUGUUGCAGGAUGCCUUGCAGCCGCUGCUACUUGUCCACUCGAUGUUGCAAAAACUCGACGACAAAUAGAGAAAGAUCCAGCUAGAGCAUUGAAGAUGACGACAAGAGAGACGCUGCUGGAAAUAUGGAGGGAUGGAGGCUUGAAGGGUCUAUUUACAGGAAUCGGUCCCCGUGUUAGUCGCGCUGGACCAUCUGUUGGAAUAGUUGUUUCUUUUUACGAAGUUGUCAAGGAUACAUUGCAUCACAGAUAUGAGCUUAAUGAUCAAAAUGACUAAAUGCCCAUGAAGAAGUCCAGUCUGGUCCUCGGGUCACUUACAGCAAAGCUUUCACUGACCCAUGGAUGCUUGAGCAGCAGUUGAAUAAGAGUAUCUAGAACAUAAAAAUUCUCUUUCUUUUUUAGUGGCCUGCAGAGCUGGUGCAACAUUCUUUUGCACUUUUUCAGUGGCGCAGGCAUCAUGAGAAUAAGUUGCCAAAAAGGAAGAUUCUCUCUUUUCUAUUUUUCGUUAGUUUCAUAAAAUGUUUUCUUUUCUCUGAUACACCAUGUAAUCAACCACAAGUUUAAGUUGCUAAUUUUUUCAUUUGUUGUACCA